CAAUGUUAUGUACAUGUCAUGCAUGUGUACGUGUACGGGAGCAUUGUGAUUGUUAAUCCAUGAUUCAUUGUUCAACCAACUGGGUGGAGUAACUGAGUUUGGUUAUUAAUUAAUGUUAUAUUGAAUGUUGAUAGAUUGAGAUGCGAAGAAUAAUUCCUUUGUAAGAUCUUGGCUGUAAAACUGCAGUAGAACUCAAUCCUGCAUCUUGCGCUUUGUGUGUGUCUAAAGAUGUGACCAUAUUUGUUUCAAGCAUUUACAUGUACAGGAGAUCAGGACAAAAAUGCCCUUCAAUUCCUGAAAGUGAUCAUUGUCUUAAGUUGACCAACACUGACCAUAUCAACAAAAAUGUGCCAGUUCCAGAGUAAACAAUUGUUCUGCAAUAUUUGAGUCGUUUUUCUUAAAAAUAAAAAUUUGACAAGUCACAAGCCAUCCAGCAUUAUGCAUCAUUCCUCGGGCUCCCGAUACAGACAGCGCUCGGCCGAGGAACGCAUCCGUCGCAACGUCACCAACCCGGCCUACGUGACAGAAAUAAGCCAAUCGGAUUACAGGGUUUCACCGGCCGAGGCUCUGACCAAGAUGAAGAUGUUGGAGCAUUGCAAUGCGGCCGUCCUCAACCCGGUGUUCCUGCCACAGACUGAUCUUCCUGUUGAUGAUCCAAAACUCAAUGACUUUAUAAGUGCUGACAAAGUUGUGAUCAAUCCGUUCUUUGGAAUGGGAGUGCCCGACUACAGCAAGUUGAGAGCGACGUACAGUGAGGCCCAGCGAACUACAAUUCAUGCCCCUCCAGAGAAUUGGGUAGAUCAGUUUCCACUGCACAGCGCAGCAUACGAAGGUGAUGCCGAAACAAUCAAACAACUCGUCACUGUGGGUUACCAUGCCGACCAGCCGGACAUGCACUCAUGGGUACCACUUCAUUAUGCAUGUUGGAAUGGUCAUGCGGAUGCUGUGAGGGCGCUAUUACAGAAUGGACGCUGUUCACCUAACGCAGAGAAUGAGAACGGAUCAACUCCUCUCCAUUUUGCAUCUUUCCGCGGCCAUGCAGCAGUUGUACAGCUACUGGUCACACAUCCCGACAUAGACAAGACAGUCGUUGACAAGGAAGAUCGGACUCCACUGAAUCUGUGCGAGGAAUCUCGGCAGAAUGAGUGGGAGAUGGUAGCUGCUCUCCUCAAAGAAGCCACGCAGAAACCUCCAGUAAGAAUUGACGUUCAUCUGAUGGACCUUGACGGUUCCCACGUAAUGUUAGAACUCCCUGCCGGCAGCAAUACUACCGUGUCACAACUUCUCAAGCAACUGGAGUUACCACGAGGUUGUCAGCACGCCUUUGCAAUAUGGAUAGCGUCACAAAGCUUACAUUUGCAGAUGAGGCCAGAACACAAGCCAGUAUUACACGUCAAACAGUGGAGUAUGAUCAUCCGACAGCUGACCAAUUACAACCCAGAAACAGAGCAGCCGUUGCUGUAUCUGAGACGAGACGCAUUGCUCACAGUGGAUGACGAAAGGACGAUCAAGGACGCUCAUGCAGUCAAGACGCUUUUUGACGAGUGCCUAGUCAACGUUCUGAAGGGGAUGUACCCCUGCAGUGAUGCUGAUGCUGUUACGUUAGCGGGGCUGUACAUGCAGAUUGUCUACGGGGAUCAUGACCCCAGAAAGCACAAGCCAAGUUUCCUGACCAACAUCAACCUGCGUCAUUUCAUCCCAGCCAUCAAACUGGACACAAAGAGUCAAGGAGGGCGCUCUGUCAACUGGGCGCAGAAGAUAAUCACAGAGCAUCGCAACGUCACGCAGAAAGGCGUCAAAGAUGUCACGAAACUACAGUUGUUGUACCUUGAGCACUGUCGCGGCUUCAGCGUGUACGGGUCAGCCUAUUUCUUUGGUUCAGCUCAGCUGGGUCCGUCACCAGGCAGACAGUCUGGUUCCAACCAGGCGCCACCGGUCUUUGUGGGCGUCAACUGCAGGGGUAUUCAUCUCAUCCAUGCAAUCAGUAAGUCCAUGAAACUGAGUGAGAGCUACAGACCCGGUCUGACGUGGCAAUGCUCAGCCGAUAUGCAGACGCUCAAACUACACAUGCAGGACCAUGGAGGCACAAUACGCACUGUGCCCAUCAGAUCCAAACAAGCCGCAAUCAUCGGCAACCUUGCCAACAAGAUUUCAGGACGACAGCCGGUCCCCAGCACCCAAUCAUCGGUACCCAUGGGCAGGACAGCUAGCUCCUAAAGCCUGCCGCUAGAGGGCGCCAUUUCUGUCAAAACAACUCUGUUCCGCAAGGGAAAGAGCUAACACACAUGUUAGGCUGGCACUUCAGAUUCGAGUGGAACUAAAAAGUAAUUUGAAGCAACUCAGGUCCGCCGAGUUAGAAUUUGGUUUCAGUCAGGCAAACUUUAAUUUCCCAUUUACUAGGGUAACAUUUAAAAUCAAGAUGCUCUGUUGGAGUCAUUCUGAGUACCUGUGGCAGUCGAUCUUUCAUGUCUUGCAUGUGAAGGCGGUCCUAAUGUUUCACAUGUCAAACUCAAUUCAGAUUUUUA